GCUAUAUCUAUUCUGUAUGAAGCAAAGAAAGUGUGCACCAGUGAACCACUUGAUAAAGCUAUCUAAUCACAAAAUUCAUACAUCUAGAGUAAAGACGGAAAGCCAUGGAUGCCUACGAAAAAUUCAACAAUAUGUAGCACUCAUUUUGUUGGUGGAGCAAAAUCGGAUAAUCCCGGGAACGAAGCAUUUUGUCCAACUAUUUUUCUACUCAUUUAUAGAAGAAAAACAUCAGUUAAUUCUGAUAGAGCCAAACGUUUAGAAGCUAGACGAAAGAAUGUAGAAGCUUUAUGUGCGUCAAGUAGUGAUUUCAAAUGAUUAUGAAGCAGCAAAAUCUGCUUGGUUCCUGCUGUCAAUCUGUUGCUUUCAGAUAUCAGCAAAUUCGAAUAGCAAAAUACAAGCUAAGCUCAGAUACUAAUGCAGAUGCCAAUCUGACAAAAUCUCGGAUCAAAUCUACUUUAUAUUUCAUGGCGAGUAUGAAAUACAGGAUCCUAAAACAGAGGCUGAUAUGUAGAGUUAAUGUCACUUUUACUGACAAAACAGGCAAGAAAGUUAAAGUAAAAGGAAAAGUAGGAGAUAACAUACUUUAUCUAGCUCAUAGAUAUGAAAUCGACAUUGAAGGAGCGUGCGAAGCUAGUCUAGCAUGUACAACUUGUCAUGUAUAUGUACACCAUGAUUACAUGGACAAGCUUCCAGCUCCUACUGAAACGGAAGAAGAUCUUUUGGAUUUAGCACCUUUUUUGAAGGAAAAUUCUAGGCUAGGUUGUCAAAUAAUUUUGAAGAAGGAAUUAGAUGGCAUAGAGCUAGAAUUACCUAAGGCGACUAGAAAUUUUUAUGUUGAUGGACAUACCCCCACUCCGCAUUAGAAAUUUUUUUUAUUGAACCAAAUUAAACAUGUAAAUAUUUAUAAUAUCGUUUAUUCGUAAACGUAUUUUAUAAUAAAUAACAUUACUGAAAAUCUGUAUGCAUGUGAUAGUUUUUAAUGGUGAAAAGUAAUUUUUCUGAUCUCUCGAAAAUUUCUUUCAUUGAGCUUUACUCUUGCGA